AUGACUUUGGAGAUCAAAGGAUCCACCAUACUUGUUACAGCAGGUACUUCCGGCCUUGGUCUAAGCGUCGCCAAAAAGCUCAUUCAACUCGGCGCAAACGUCGCGAUAAACUAUGCCUCCAAUGAACAACGCGCCCAUGAUGCUGUUCUGGAACUCGAAGAACUAGUAUCGGGACAAUCACCAACUCCCGAUUAUAUGGCCGUACAAGCCGACGUUACCAAGAAAUCCGAAAUUGAGAGGCUGGUGGCUGAGACAGUCCGGUGGUCGGGCGGCAAGCUCGAUGCUGUGGUGUCGAAUGCUGGCUGGACCAAGUUUGCCACCUUCAAUGACCUGGAUGAUAAUGUCGACGAAGACGUCUGGGAUAAGUGUUAUGCGGCGAAUGUAAAGUCUCAUCUUUUUCUUUGCCAUGCUGCGAAGAAGUAUCUUGAGGAAGCGAAGGGAGCUUUUGUCAUGACCUCUUCUGUCGCGGGUGUCAAACCUAGUGGAAGCUCAAUUGCCUACUCUGUUACUAAGGCUGCUCAGAUCCAUCUGGCCAAGUCUCUGGCUAUGGUCAUGGCUCCUAACAUCCGUGUCAAUGCUGUGUCGCCGGGCUUCAUGGAGACGAAUUGGAUCGCCGAUUUUCCCCAGUCCAGGAUUGAAGAGGCGAGAGAGAAGACUUUGCUUAAGCAGAUUACUCAAGUUGAUGUACGAAAGCACGUUUCUUCUCCGCAGUUGGAAGCUAACCACCAUCAGGAUGUGGCUGAUCAGAUUAUUCUACUCAUCAAGUCGCAAUCUAUAACGGGAACGAACGUCGUCAUCGACUCAGGCUUUUCUGUUUAG